UAUACUUCCGUAUCUCCCCGUACCAGCAAAUUAUUUGGCACUGCUUGUGAACCACCGAUCCGUCAAUCCUGCACCCUAUUUUAAAAAAAAAGGGUUUCCCUGCGCUCCAGAACGAGGGCUUACCAUUCUCCUUUUCUUUUCUUUUUUUUUUCUUUUUUCCUUGCUUCCCUUCAUUUAUCCGCCCUGGUUUCCUUGCCUGGCCUUUGCCAUUGCCAAAGAAAAGCGCAUACAAUCGCAUCGCUUCGACUGCUCUCGCUCUACCUGGUGUAGCCCUGAGCGUCAAUUGACCGAUUAAUUUUUGAGUCACACAAUCUUUUCAUCAUGUCUGCGAAAGGAGGAAAUGGCAAGAAGCCGGCUUCCCCAGCUGUCAAUCUGAUCGGUACGAAGCUCUAGUCGCUCCCGGCGCAGGCGCUGCCGCACAAUAACUGACUCGCGACAGCUGGUGGUGGUGCUGGUAUGAUGGAGGCCCUUGUGUGCCACCCCCUAGAUACCGUCAAAGUCCGCAUGCAGUUGUCGCGUCGGGCCCGAGCCCCUGGUGUUAAACCCCGCGGAUUCGUUGCCACUGGUGUCGAUAUCGUCAAGAGAGAAACCGCGUUGGGAUUGUACAAGGGUCUCGGAGCCGUCCUGGGAGGCAUCAUUCCGAAGAUGGCCAUCCGAUUCACAUCCUACGAAACGUACAAGCAAUGGCUCGCGGACAAAGAGACUGGAGCCGUGACCAGCAAGGCCACAUUCCUCGCUGGUCUCUGCGCUGGUGUGACAGAAGCCGUGGCGGUGGUCAACCCGAUGGAAGUGAUCAAGAUCCGUCUGCAAGCACAACACCACAGUCUGUCGGACCCUCUGGACACCCCCAAGUACCGCAGCGCGCCGCAUGCCCUGUUCACCGUCAUCCGGGAGGAAGGAUUCAGCACCCUGUACCGCGGUGUCUCGUUGACUGCCCUCCGCCAGGGAACGAACCAGGCGGCCAACUUCACCGCCUACACGGAGCUGAAGGCCUUCCUCCAGCGAAGCCAGCCCGAGUACGCCAACUCGCAGCUUCCGUCCUACCAGACGACCUGCAUCGGAUUGAUCUCCGGCGCCGUCGGACCCUUCUCCAACGCCCCCAUCGACACCAUCAAGACGAGACUGCAGAAGACCCGCGCCGAGCCCGGCCAGUCCGCCGUGACCCGCAUCGUGGUCAUCGCCAAGGACAUGUUCAAGCAGGAGGGGGCCGCCGCUUUCUACAAGGGUAUCACGCCCCGUGUGAUGAGAGUCGCCCCGGGCCAAGCCGUCACAUUCACUGUCUAUGAGUUCCUGAAGGGCAAGCUUGAGCAAUCGCGGUGGCCCUUCGUCGGCGGCACUUUCGAGGAGUAACGGCGGGGAAAAGGUGUUGUGCGGGUAGGAAAGGAGUGAGCCGCCAUGUGUUUUCGAAAGCAUUUGAUACCAUUGAGCAUGGUGGCGUUUUCGAUCACUGCUUUUGAGAUAAGGGAUUUCCUGUUUAUAUUUUGUGUGCUGUUGGAGGCCUGGAUAGCCGGUUUUGGAAGAUUCACAUCUGGGGUGGAUUGUAUAUAUCACGUCGUUUUGUUUGGUUGCAUGUUUCCUUUGUAUCUAUACCUUUUUGGAAAGAUGGUUAGAAUUGUGAAUAUCCAUC